UUCCAGCUCCUGAAGGGUCAGUUUAUUUGGAGAAGUGUCCCUUGACAAGCAUCCAGUGCAUUUAGCAUGGAAACCACUAAAUGAAGUAUCUCAGUGUGCUUAAAGAAGCCCAUCUGAGAUGAACACAAUAAAAUAUGAAAAGCAUGAAUUACGUUACAUUCUUUGAAAACUAGUGUGUGAAUCUGAUGUCUUUUUUGCUUCGCAGCAACAAAGGAUGAAACAAAAAAAUCUCAUUACAGACAAAAAAUAACUGAGUACAUUAAUAGAGCUGAACAGAUUAAGAAGCAUAUUGAAAAAGAGAUAGAAGAUGGUAAAUACCACAAGCAAAUUAAAAUUGAAGAGGAUGCAAUGGGUUUUAGCUACGAAAAACUAUUUCAAGAGUACCUUAAUGAGACAGUUACAGAAGUUUGGGUAGAGGAUCCUUAUAUUAGGCAUGUUCAUCAGUUGUACAACUUCUUAAGAUUCUGUGAGAUGCUUGUUAAAGGGCCCUGCAAAGUGAAAACAAUCCAUCUCCUCACUUCUUGUGGUGAAGGCAGUGAAAAGAGUCAGCAAACAAGUGCCCUAGAAGAGAUACAACAAUCGGUAAAGAACUGUGGAAUAAAACUGGAUGUCUCCUUUUCACCUUCAAUUCAUGACCGAGAAAUUAGGUUCAACAAUGGAUGGAUGGUCAAGAUUGGAAGGGGACUUGAUUAUUUUAAGAAACCUCAAGCUCGGUUUAGCAUCGGAUACUGUGACUUUGAUUUGAGGCCAUGUCAUGAAACCACAGUGGAUAUCUUUCAUACUAAACAUACAAAGAAAAUAUGACCAAAUAUUUCUCUUCCUAUUACUGUGUUUAAAAGCUUAAUACAGC